UAGAAUUGUUUGGGCGUUUCACAGAGGAAUAAAUAAUUACAUGGACUAAUCGGAAUAAAGUUUCUGUAAAGUAAGAAUAUUGGUUUCCGAGACUCCGGGGAAGGGUCAUGCUGGUACACAGAACAGUUUGAAGAAAAAAAUAAGGAAGCGGCCAGAUGGGGAAUUUGGGUCUCUAAGGAUAGUGUGCUCCAGAGAUUGGUAGGAGAGGAUGCUGCUUUUUUCCAGGCCAAGGAAUUAUGGGACACACACAGCCCCAGUGACUCAAAACCAGGCCUGUUGCUGUGUACUCACAAGACGGGAAACAGUAUGUGCAUCACCUGCACCGCUGACUUUCCAAGAUAGCAGAGGACACGAGUAACAUUGAGGUUUGGUCCAUACAUUUUCAGGAACUCAACAGCCAAAAUAUUAGUGCUAAACCUUUGGUGGGAAAAAAAUGAAUUUCCUAUCAACGUUUGUGACAUUUAAGAGCCUCCAUGAGGUUUGGAGAUUGUGCCACUGGGGGCCAGUCAUAGCCCUGUCUGUCAUUGCUAUAUGCUCCACCAUGGCGAUGCUGGACUCCAUCAUCUGGUAUUGGCCACUAGACACUACAGGAGGCAGCAUUAAUUUCAUCAUGCUUCUCAACUGGACUGUUCUCAUCUUAUACAACUACUUCAAUGCUAUGUUUGUUGGACCUGGGUACAUUCCUCUUGGCUGGAAACCAGAGAACCAACAUGACAUUCAGUACCUACAGUACUGCAGAGUGUGCCAAGGCUACAAGGCCCCAAGAUCGCACCACUGUCGCAAGUGUAACAGGUGCGUGAUGAAGAUGGAUCACCACUGCCCGUGGAUCAACAACUGCUGUGGCCAUGUGAACCAUGCCUAUUUCACCAGUUUCCUGCUGCUGGCUCCACUGGGCUGCUUACAUGCUGCCAUUAUAUUUGUUAUGACAAUGUAUACACAGCUUUAUGAGAGGAUAUCGUUUGGUUGGAGUACGGUGAAGAUUGACAUGAGUGCCGUGAGACAAUUCCAGCCCCUCAUGCCCUUCAGUAUGCCUGCCUUUGCUGCCACACUGUUUGCCUUAGGAUUGGCAUUGGGCACCACUAUUGCUGUUGGCAUGCUUUUCUUCAUACAAAUGAAAGUCAUCCUUCGAAAUAAGACCUCGAUCGAGUCCUGGAUCGAGGAAAAGGCCAAAGACAGAAUACAGCACUACCAAACAGGGGAGGAGUUCAUCUUUCCUUAUGAUCUUGGCACCCGCUUCCUCAACUUCAAACAAGUUUUCACAUGGUCAGGGACGCCCAAGGGGGAUGGCAUUGAAUGGCCAGUCCAUCCCAAGUGUCACCAGCACACCUUAACUAUUGAGCAACUGAAACAAAAAGCAGAUAAACGAGUGAGAAGUCAGGUCCAGUAUCGGGCUGUGGAAGACUAUAACGGAGCUUGCUGCCCUCUCGGCAAAGGCGUGCAAACCUUUUUCAGAACCCCCUGCACAGAGGAACCAAGGAUCCCUCUCAGUAAAGGGGACACAAUUCUGGCUACUCGAGGCACCAAAUGGUGGAUGUAUGGAGACAAAGUUCUGAAUGAGGAUCAAAUGAUAGCAGGAGAACGUAUAAGGGGAUGGUUUCCAAGGAGAUGUGUGGAGAAGUGCCAUUAUGACACAGCUUCCAGUGAAAGCACCAGCGAUAAGAAAUUAAACUAAUUCACAUUAAUAGGCUUAAUGUAGAGCAGGGGAGUUAAACUGAACAGAACAUAUUCACUGAAGAUGUCAUGCCUGAUGCUGCAGGCACACCAUCAGCAGUUUCUUUCUUUUAUAAACUUUCUGACAUUUCAAUACCAAGCUUUACUAAGGUAGCAUAGUUCACUAUGUCUUUGUUACUAAUUUGCUGUCUAACAGUUGUAUGACUGUAUAAAGGAAAAUGUUUCAGUUUCACUCUUCUGACCAAAAACAAACCCAGCAAGAGUCUUAAUUUCCAAGAAUUGCCACCUUUUCUGUGACUUCAUUGUGAUUAGAUGACUUUUUACUUGAAUCUGUUGGUUUUUUUUUUUUACUUUUGUUGAUAUCUGUUUUAUGCUAAUUAUGCAAUGCCUCUGCCCAGCUAACUCCAGGGCUUCAUCAUGCAACUCUUUCUACAGUAUGAAGAAAACACUUAAUUUUUUUUCUUUAUUAUUUUUGUAAAAAUCAAUUUUUGGCCUCAAAGUGUAAUUGAAAUAAAAAAUCUCCCUCAGUCUAA